UUGCGAAUGACUACUAGUGAGGGAGAUACUGCAAGGGAGAAGGAACAUUUUCAAGCUGGUUCCUGCAGCUUAAAUAUGAGAACUUUUAAUGGAUCUUGGGAUGAAAAUUCAGAAGGAAGAGUCUAUGAGUACACUAUACAAGACUCUCAUGGUAAUCGAAGGCGUGGAAAAACUGUUCUAGCUGAAGUGUGGAAUCUGUCUGAUGGGAAUCACAUUGUUGUUGACGUCAAUAAAGAGAACCAACCAAUUGGAGAUGAAGGAGGGUUAUUAGGCUCUUUUUGUGGGACAAUUGCGAGAAAUGGAAAAGUUUGCUCCUA